ACUAUCGGGGCGGCGGUUGGCUCUGUGACGAACGUUACUUUUUCGGUCGUUUGAUAUAGGGACCACCAUGGAGGGGGAGGAGGUCAUGGCGCCCCCAGCGGGUCCUACCCCGCCCAACGAGAACGUUAAACCUAAAAAAAGAAACGGUCCAAAAAGGAAGUCUUCUGUCAGCAGCCUGGCCGGGCCAACCACCCCGGAGGGAGGCACCUCUAGGAGACAUUCUCUCAGAAGAGGCAGCUCUUUUACCUUCCUGACCCCUGGGGCUCAAUGGGAUUUUACUCUGAAAAGGAAGCGUAAAGAGAAGGAUGAAGACUCUGUCAGCCUCUAUAGCUUUGAUCUCAAGGAGCCGAGCAAUAAAAGAGUAAGGCCUUUAGCACGUGUGACAUCAUUGGCAAACUUAAUUUCUCCUGUAAGAAAUGGAGCAGUACGACGCUUUGGCCAAACUAUUCAGUCAUUCGCAAUGCGGGCAGAAAACAAGUCUCCAAGCAGCACCCAAAAAUCCUGUAGCAGGAUGGCUGCUCCUACCCCUCCCAAAAGAAGGAACAGUGUUCUUUGGUCCGAAAUGCUAGAUGUCAAUAUGAAGGAAAGUCUGAGCACAAAAGAAAUUAAACGGCAAGAGGCUAUAUUUGAAAUGACGAGAGGUGAGCAAGACCUGAUUGAAGAUCUCAAGUUGGCGAGAAAGGCCUAUCACGAUCCCAUGUUGAAGCUAUCUAUCAUGUCUGAGGAGGAACUUGCACAUAUAUUUGGAGAUUUGGAUGCUUAUAUUCCUCUUCAUGAAGAAUUUCUGACUAAACUUGGGGAAGCAACACGAGCAGAUGGAACUGUUGGACAAAUUGGACAAAUUCUUGUUAAUUGGUUGCCACGACUAAAUGCUUACAAAGGAUACUGUAGUAACCAGCUGGCAGCCAAGGCGCUCCUAGACCAAAAGAAGUUGGACCGCAGAGUCCAGGACUUUCUCCAGAGGUGCCUUGAGUCUCCCUUCAGUCGCAAGCUGGACUUAUGGAGCUUCCUUGAUAUACCCAGAAGCCGUCUUGUGAAAUAUCCCCUGCUGUUGAAAGAGAUAUUAAGGCAUACUCCUAAAGACCAUCCAGACAUCCCUAAUUUGGAAGAGGCUUUAUGCUUGAUACAAGGAGUGCUUACCGACAUCAACUUGAAAAAGGGGGAGUCUGAAUGCCAGUAUUACAUUGACAAACUCGAGUACCUGGAUGACAAGCAGAGGGAUCCACGAAUAGAUGCAAGCAAGAUGUUGCAUUGUCAUGGCGAGCUGAAAAAUAAGAAUGGGCAUAAGCUGUAUCUGUUCCUUUUCCAAGACAUCCUCGUCUUAACACGUCUUAUAACACGAAAUGAGCGCCAGUACUAUCAAGUUUACAGACAGCCUAUUCCUGUUCAGGAACUCGUUUUAGAGGAUCUGCAGGAUGGCGAUGUAAGAAUGGGAGGUUCUUUUAGAGGAGCAUUCAGUAAUUCAGACAAAGCCAAAAACAUAUUCAGGGUCCGAUUCCAAGAUGCAUGCCCUGGCCAGAGUCAUACACUCCAAGCUAAUGAUGUGUUUCACAAACAGCAGUGGCUCAACUGCAUAAGAACAGCCAUUGCUCCCUACCAGCAAGCAUCACCAACCGAAGUGAAGGAGCUUCCGGAUGUUAACGAAGAAUGUGAAGAAAACCACCCACCAGUGCCAAACGCCAAAGCACAGAGGAGGUCGUCUACCAUAUCUGGGAUUGUAGAAAUGGACUUGGAUGAAAACGAGCGCAGUCCUGUCUCAAGCUCACCAGAAGACUUUAAAAGUGGGAAAACACAAAGGGCACAGACUGGGAGUCGUAAAUUCCGAGAUAAAACACAGCAGAGCAUCAAACGGAAAGAAACCUUGGUUUAAUUUGCAAGCUGACUCUUGGAAGGACUUAUUUAUAAAUGUGUACAUUUUGUUUCCUGUACGUUUCCAGAACGCGUGGAUUAUUUCACUUAUCCUACUGUACUUGUUAUCCUCCUCCCUCUUUCAGUGGCAGCUACUGGUAUGCAGUUAACACUGUUAAAAAUAGUGUCAGUUUUCUUGAGAUUUGAGUAA